AUGCCAUCGAACCAAAAGCGUGCGGCGCAGUCGCGAACAACGAUAUCCAAGCCUCCAACCACUACAAAUACAUCUAAAUCUAUGUCGCCGAGAUUGUCACCUCCAGUGGCUAAUAGCAAUGACACUGCAGGCGCUGCAAAGCAAAAUAACGGCUCCAACUCGGCUUCGCUUGCGAAUUCGAACUCAGAUACAACUGCAAAUCACGCAGUUGCAAACCACGUUACUCCAACAUCCACACCUGGAGUGAAUCGGAAAAAGCAGAAGAGACGACAGAAACAAGCGGCACGUCUAGCUGCAGAACAGCAGCUUAAAGAUGAACAUCCCCCAGCAGGUACUAAUAGCCAGAAUGGUUACACCCGUAACACACAAUGGGGCGAUCCCGAUGUCCCACUCCAUUCGAACCAAUACUCCUCUUCUCCUCUCAACCAAAAUUAUUUCGGCUCUCACGUCGGCGAUCCAAACCACUACGACCCUGCCCAAAACGACGAUCUCUAUUCUACCGACGAUGACGGCCAUCUUUACGCGCAGCGGCAUUCUCAAACCCAUCCGGAUAGGCGUAGCAUGGAUCAGCAUUCCGAAGCUAGUGGGAGCAAAUCCAAGAAAAAGAAGAGUAAAAAACACCGUUCUACCGGAAGCUCAACAUCCGUGUCGACCCAACGGACGUCUACCACACGACCCGCUGCGCCACCUCCACCUCCGCUAUCUAACGCCGCACUUCGAUCCGCCCAUAAAAUAUCGAAGGACAGGAUAUGGAACACAUCGACCCAGGAGGAACGGGAAAAUAUCAAAGAAUUUUGGCUGCAGCUGGGUGAGGAGGAACGGAGAUCACUUGUAAAAGUCGAAAAGGAGGCUGUUUUGAGAAAGAUGAAGGAGCAGCAGAAGCAUUCAUGUAGUUGCACUGUAUGCGGGAGGAAACGGACGGCCAUCGAAGAAGAGUUGGAGGUUCUGUACGAUGCAUACUACGAAGAACUUGAGCAGUACGCGAAUCACAGCCAAUCCUCCUUCGAAAAUGGCGGCCCAAUUGUCCCUCCCCGAUUAUAUCAACCACCACUUCGCCCGCUAGAUAGGCAUCCCCACCUUGCGAAUAGCCAACUUCCGCCGAGGGGCAGAGUUCAAGAACUGCCUGAUGAUGACGACCUAGAGGAGGACUACGACGAAGAUGACGAGGAAGACGAGCCGUACAGUGACGAUGAACUUGAAGAGGCUGCUCGUAGCAGUGGGGCUGACUUUUUCGCGUUUGGUAACAGUUUGACGGUUAAAGACGGUAUUCUCACAGUGGCAGAUGACUUACUUAAAAACGACGGCAAGCAUUUCAUUGAUAUGAUGGAACAACUAGCUGAACGGCGAAUGCAGCGGGAGGAAGACACGCAGUAUGCUACUGCUUCUGCCGCACAUCAAUCUCUACAUGCUGGUCAUAACCACGGACCUCCCCUCGACGAGGAAGAUUAUGAAGAUGAAGAAGACGACGAUUACGACAGCCAAGAUGAUGAGGACUACGAGGAAGAUGAGAUGGUUAGACGUCCAACGCGAGGCAAAGAAGGCAAGAGAGGCUCAGAAGAGAAAGGAUAA